AAGCAUUGGAUUAUAAUGAAAGAGGGUGAACCAGUUAUUCGGCGUGUGUGGGGAGACUAGAUGAAUAGCAAAGUGAAGUGACUAGUUAUGCAUAGGCUACGUGAUUGUGCACUGUACAGUGAUUAUGUUUUAUGAGAAGGCAGAACGCAGAAGGGCGAGUGAGUGAUAGGGAGAGAUGUAGGGCGCAUGCGUAGUUUGGUAGUCAGUAGCAACCACAUCGAUGAAAGGAGUCGCCGUGAGAGGAGAAUGGAGCAGGGAGCGACUUCUCCUCUGUCAUCAUCACGCUCUCAGAAAAAUUGAUCAGGUGAGAUGGCCACUCACAUGCAUGUGACGCAUUAUCUGCAUUUCAAAACAAUAACAUUAAAUUAACCCUAUUUUAUUUUGUUCAAACUGUGUUGAAAGAUAUGGCUCCAACAUGAUAAAAUUGAUUAAGUCUUCUACUCCGUAUGCUAUGCUGCAUCCAAUUUUAUCGUGUCCAACUUAAUCACUAUUUUUUACAAUGGUUUUAAAAAUCAAUUAUUCUAUUUAAAUGGAAGACAUUUGAAGCCCUUCCUUCUAAUUUUAAAAAGUUUUUACUUGAAGAUGCAAUGGCAUAAUAUCUUGCUCACCUGGGUAUCCAACACAGUCUAAAAAUGCUCAGUUGAAUGUUGUGGAGUGCUUCAUUGAGCUUCAGCGACGUCCCAUCAAUUUUUUGGAACCUCAUCCAUGGUGCCUGCUAAAAAGUGUUCUCUGAAUAAACGUCUAGUUUUCCUGUUUAUAUUUGGAAUUCUAGUCGUGUGGAUUGUACUGCAAAUUGAUAUUGAAGAAAAUAGUCUGGAAGGUGAUGUGGUCGAGCCUCAUUUUCAACCAACAGAGAUGACACUAAAAGUCUCGGAGUUCAUGAUUAACACAAAAGGAUGUAGAAUUCCAGCAAUGGAGCCUUUCGACUCAUCUAUAAAGCAAUUUGUUUUCGAGGAUGACCCAAUCAUUUGUGAGACGGAAAAGUAUCCUCCCAUUGUCAAUUCGAAUGUCACCCAUGUUUAUCUGGAUGCUGGUGCUAUUUCUGCCUUCAAUCUAACAAAUCUCACAUGUUGUUAUACGCCAUUUUGGAGAGUGGAGGCUGAUGAGUCAGAAGUAGUCGACGGAGUUGCUUACCGCGACAUUGACACUUAUUUUAGGUACCACAAUAACUGUAUAGAGUUUGAAGAUGCUGAGAAAAUAGAAAAUUAUGAGUUCAUCAGAGUUACUUGCACGUCAGAGAACAGAACAUUCGUCGAUUAUCACUCAUUCACGCCAUUGAAAGAUCAUAUGAAAAGGAAAAAGAAGGAUAUUGAGCCCGAUCACCUAAAUGUGAUGAUCAUUGGAGUGGACGCUGUAUCCAGGCUGAAUCUACAUCGGCAAAUGCCUGUCACUUUGGAUUAUCUAAAGAGUAAAUUGAACGUGGUUGAAAUGUUUGGAUAUAACAAAGUAGCUGAUAACACAUUCCCAAAUUUGGUUCCUGUCUUAUCUGGCCUCACAGAACAAGAGCUGGGUGAAACUUGCUGGCCUACACCGAAAUCCACUUUCGAUAAUUGUCAAUUUCUGUGGAAGAAUUUCAGCGAUUCAGGUUACAUCACGUGUUUCGCGGAAGAUGCAUCAUGGAUGGGAAUCUUCAACUACCUUAAAUUUUCUUUCUGGAAACAGCCCACCGAUUAUUAUUGGAGAGUUUUCAAUAAGAAAGCUGAAGACGAAAUUGGUCAUCAAAAACGUAUGAAUGCUAACCUUUGUAUAGGACGUAGAUUGACUGCUGAAGUAUUGCUAGAUUAUGCGGAAAAAUUCUAUAUAUCUACCAUAGGGAAUCGUAGUUUUAGUUUAAUUUGGGGCUCUAGUCUUUCACACGAUUUUUUAAACCUGCCCAAGUUUGGCGAUGAAUACUAUAGAGGGUUUUUAGAGAGACUUGCCAGUAAGGGUGUUUUUAAUACCUCCGUUCUAGUUUUUAUGAGUGAUCAUGGUAUAAGGUGGGGUGAUAUUAGAAAUACUUAUCAAGGUCACUUAGAGGAAAGGUUACCAUGUUUAUAUUUCAGUUUUCCGGAGUGGUUUAGGAAAAAAUAUGCAGUAGCUAUUAGAAAUCUGAAGUACAAUAGUCGUAGAUUGACAACCCCAUUCGAUCUGCAUGAAACACUGCUACACCUGCUCCACCCAGAUCAAUUGACAGAGAAAUCUCUGCGAAGAAGGAUUGAUCACUUGAGAAAUGAUGUUGUGAAGCCUAGAGGCAUCAGUCUGUUCCUGCCGAUAUCACCGGAAAGAACGUGUGCAGAGGCGGGAGUGACCGAGCACUGGUGUUCGUGCCAUCAAACUGAGUCAGCUGCUCUGAAUGACACGACAGUCGUCGCCGCCAGUAACUCUGUGGUCACUUACAUGAAUGGCCUCAUUCAACAGUUCAAGCAGUGUGCCAAACUCCAGCUACACAGAGUGAUGAGUGCCCGGUUGGAGCGGACUUUGCCACAUAUUAAAAACUCGGACCAAGGAGUGCAAGAUUACAUAGUGACGCUUGAAGUGAGACCAGGAGGGGGAACGUUUGAGGCGACUGUCCGCCAUGGCUCCAACAACACAUUCAACCUGAUGGGCACAGUCAGUCGAACCAAUACUUAUGGCAAACACAAAUCAUGUAUGGAUAAUUAUCAUCUUGAACUAUACUGUUAUUGCUUGUAGCCUACACUGUUAACUCAUUUUUAAUUUAGAGUGGAUUUCAAACUGUGAUAUAUUAUUGUUGAUUAAUCUCAAGCCUACAAUUAUACAUUUUAAAAUUAUUUUAUUAGCUGAAGGUAAGUUAUAUAUUAUCAAUCAGUGAGAUUAUUUUAAAAGCUUGUUUAUUGUUCAAGCUUUUAAUUCGAAUGAUUUUUAGAUUGAUGAUUGUCUCAAUAGAUGACAAGUCUAUGCAAAUUAUAUUGUUCGUAUUGAACCUAUUGGUGUAUUGGUUAAUCUACUAGACAAAACUCAUGAAGAACAAAACGUUUUUGUAAAGUGGCACUAAAGAAACUAGAAUGAAUUUUAAAUCCGCUCCUUCAUAAUAUUUUAUUUUUUUGUUUUAUGAUAAAUAUUUUGUCAAGUAAUUGAAAUAUUUAGCCUAUUAGAAGCGAUAUAGGCCUAUUCAAUGCUUGGUAGCUACCUAUACAAUUAAGUGUACCAUUGCGUUUUAAGAAUGAAUAUUUUGUAUGAUUGGAUUGAGAAUAUAUUUUUAUUUUUUCAAA